UCGGGAGAUGGUAGAUGUUCAACAUCUUUGUGGUUCAGACCCCUGCCUCUCGUUCCAACCACAGAGCAGCGGACUAAGCAUUUGAACUACUGCGGCUCUAAACCCAGGUCCACGGGGCGAAGGCAGGUUUCAAAAGGAAAUAUCGAAGAGACGGAAGUAGUUUCCUGCAUAUAGGCACCUUGGGUAUAAUUUUGAGAAAGAUGCUACCGGCUUCUUGACUUGUAAGUUUUGCACCUUGUUUUCUGCAUUGAAGUGUGGAAAGGCAGCUGGCGGAGACGAAGAAUUCUGCUAGGGCCCUCACCUGCGCGUCCGAAGUGCGAGUUUGGUCAACUAACAAACUAUCAAUCCUAGUCUGUUUCUGACUGCAACCUCCAGGGCGUUUUAAUAUCUGGGAACCUUACAUUCCCUGCUACCACUGCUCAGGUGAUGUGUAUCGCAGGAGCCUUUUCUUGCGAGAGAGAGGAUAUUUCUUGUCGCUUCAUUUCUGACAAUGGAGCGCAAAUGAAAAAAGUAUUUUCGUUGGAUUAAGCCGCGGACGCAGCAACAACAGAAUGCGGGAGCAAGACUUCCGGAGCCUCUUCAAAUGGCUGCUGCUCCUGACCUUCUGCCUGAUAACACUGUGGGGGCGGCUGACUCUGGCCUCAUCACACAGAAGCCAUACAGUUCAUGUCAAAGCUGGGACCUGUGAGGUCAUUGCUGCCCACCGCUGUUGCAACAAGAACAAGAUAGAGGAGAGGUCCCAGACCGUGAAGUGCUCCUGUUUCCCGGGGCAGGUGGCUGGAACGACGAGAGCUGCCCCUUCGUGUGUUGAUGCUUCAAUAGUUGCCCAGAAAUGGUGGUGCCAAAUGCAGCCUUGUCUGGAUGGAGAGGAGUGUAAAGUGUUGCCGGAUCUCACCGGCUGGAGCUGCAGCACGGGAAACAAAGUCAAAACAACCAAGGUCACGCGAUAGUCAUGCCCCAAGUCUCACCACAUGACAAGGGACAGCGUUUUAUACAUUUAGUCAGAUCAGAGGAAUGGAUAGACACUCAUUCUGGCUGAGCGAUGAGGACCUGGGGACUCAACCUGGCUUUCUGGAAAGGACUUUUCUGCAGCAGGGAGCAGGCAAAGCUGAAAACUCAGUGGAAGGAUGAUUAUAACAACAUGCCCCCAACAGGCGUGAGAACUUGACUGGGACAGCUACUAUGUGUACGUGUGUGAACUUGUGAACGUGAGGAACAAAUCAAUUCCAAUACCUUGUCUUUAUUAUAUGAGCUACUUCUCUUUGUGCAUUCUAAACAGGAGGAUGGGAAACCUGUGUUUAGGCCAUUGUUGGGUCAGUGGCUGGACUUGGGAUGCCACAGGAAAGACAAAAACACACGUAAAAAAUCUCACUUCAGAUCUUAAAUACAUAAUGGUACAUGUUUUUUUUUUACUCAAAACCUGUACAGUGGCUUUAAAUGUCUUUGGAUCCCUAUUCAUUUUGUCAUAUGAUAUUAUUUUUUUGUAUUAUUUCUUGGCUCUAAUCUUUUUUCUUUUUUGAGAAUUUUUAUGCCCCUCCCCCCUCCCAAAAAUCCUGAAAAUGAAAAAGUCCAGUACGUUUUCAAUACUUUCAUUUAUCUGUUAAGUGACUUCAGCAUAUGUUGGACGCAUACUAAACUUGAGCUUUUCAUGAAGGAUACAAACCAAUGUAAAGUGGCUCAUGGUGACGGAAACUAAAACCUGUAUAUUUUUUCUUGUUUUUUAAUCUCCAAAUUAAACAGAAUAAAGUAAGCCGAACUCCGGCUGUUCAGAAAUA